UCUUCUCUCCCUUCUUUCUUCUUUCUUCUUUCUCUCUUCUCUCUCACUUCUUCAUUCUUCUUGAUCUCAUCUUCAACCUCCUGUCCAUAUCCAUUGCUUCUUUGACGUCUACUUCAUUUGCUUCCUUCCCGCCAUCUUCCUCCUCACUAAAAGGAUCGUCUUGUCCCCCUCGUCCCAAUCUAGUCUAGGCGUGUUACUCCCCCCUCCUCCAGUGGAAAUCACCGCGAUUGUGCUUCAACGCGUACGCUCUCAACAAAGCCAUUAUCACCUUUCAACCUCGGAAGUGGCUUGUACCUGUCUCAAUUCAUCGGUUGCGCAAUCUGUCACGUUGCUGGUCUUUCGUGGAAAUUUUCUCCUGCUACCCAGCUCGUGUUGAUCAGACCCCUAGCCCCAUUUCGUGCCCCCCACACCGACAACUUGCGCGACCUUCCUUGGUGGUUUUCGCCCUUGAUAAGGGUUGCGUCUCCCCACGUUGACUUCCUCUCGUUGUGAAUUUCUCCCCCUUUCAUCCACUACAUCCAGGUGGCCAUGAGCGUGGACUUUUCAUACGACCUGGCCGAUCGUCCGGCUGGCCUUCGUCUGCCCAACCCCCCGCCCCUGCUGCACACCCGCUCGGGCAACGAACUCGCCACCGAUCGCCCCUCCACGCCCUCUCAGAAUGCCUUCACCAGUCCGGUUCAGACCCCGCAAGGGAGCCCCAGCAAAAACAGGAUGCCUCCGGGUGCGCUGGAUUUGCCAAAUGUCUUCGAUACGGCGAUGAAGUUGGCACCGAGCUCCCCCACCAAGGCCACUCACAACCACUACCAGCACCCCAUGUUCGCCCCACCCAAACCAUCCGGAGACGACUUCAACGAGAGCGUCAUUCGCCAGCCCCCGAGUCCCACGCGCAAAUCCAACAAGGAGAACACGCCCCCGAGUUCCACACGCAUCCCGAAACCCCUCGGGUCCAACCCGGCUGCCGCCGCUAUCUCGCGUCACGAACAUUAUCAGACCCGCGAUGUCGAGAGCAUCCAGAAGCGCUCGGUGCAGAUGCGCGGGCUGACGGCCGAGGAAUUGGAGAAACUCCAGAAUCCCCGCGUCAAGCGACUGGUCAAUGUGACUCAGCUGUAUUUCCUCGACCACUACUUUGACCUGCUCAGCUACUUGAACAACCGCCAGAAUCGCUUUUCCCAGUUCCGCUCGGCCCAUCCGGAGCCACCCGCCACACCAAUGGACGACUACGAGCCGGCAUUGGCGAAAUAUCUCGGGCGCGAACGGGCGCACCUGCGCAAGCGCCGGACCCGCCUGCGCCAGCACGAUUUCCAGAUCCUGACCCAGGUCGGCCAGGGAGGGUACGGGCAGGUGUACUUGGCGCAAAAGAAGGACACCCGGGAGGUGUGCGCGCUGAAGGUUAUGAGCAAGAAACUCCUGUUCAAACUGGACGAGAUCCGCCACAUUCUCACCGAGCGCGACAUUCUGACGGCGGCCAAGAGCGAGUGGCUCGUGAAGCUGUUGUAUGCAUUCCAGGAUCAGGACCAGAUCUACCUCGCGAUGGAAUACGUCCCCGGAGGCGAUUUCCGCACCCUGUUGAACAACACCGGGGUUCUGCACAAUCGCCACGCCCGGUUCUACGUGGCCGAGAUGUUCAGCUGCAUCGACGCCCUGCACGCCCUGGGGUACAUCCACCGCGACCUGAAACCCGAAAACUUCCUCAUCGAUUCCACGGGCCAUGUCAAGCUGACGGACUUUGGGUUGGCGGCCGGCAUGUUGAAUCCUGGCAAGAUUGAGUCGAUGCGCGUGAAGCUGGAGGAGGUCGGCAACACACCCGUCCCGUUCGGCCGCCCGAUGGAGCAGCGCACGGUCGCGGAGCGCCGGCAGGGAUACCGCACGCUGCGCGACCGACAGGUCAACUACGCCAAGUCGAUCGUGGGGUCGCCCGACUACAUGGCGCCGGAAGUGCUCAAGGGCGAGCAGUACGACUUUACGGUGGAUUACUGGAGUCUGGGAUGCAUGCUGUUCGAGGCCCUGGCCGGAUACCCGCCGUUCGCAGGCGCCACGGUGGACGAGACGUGGCAGAACCUGAAGAACUGGACCAAGGUGCUGCGCAAGCCGGUGUACGAGGACCCGAACUACUUCCUGUCGCGGCGCACGUGGGACCUGAUCACGCGGCUGGUUGCGUCGAGGGAAAAGCGGUUCAAAAACAUCCAGGAGAUCCACGCGCACAGCUACUUCAGCGAGGUCGACUUCAACCGACUGCGCGAUCAGCGGGCGCCGUUCGUGCCGGAGUUGGACUCGGAGACGGACGCGGGCUACUUUGACGAUUUCAGCAGCGAAGCCGACAUGGCCAAGUACAAGGAGGUGCACGACAAGCAGCGGGCGCUGGAGGAGAUGGCCGAGCGAGGUGACCAGAUGAACAAGGGACUGUUUGUUGGAUUUACAUUCCGCCAUCGCAAGCCCGCCGUCGACGGAACCAACCGGGGGACUCCGCGGAAGCCUCUCCCGAUGGACGGGACAUUCGGGACGAUGUUUUAAAGGUCUGUUGGGUUGUGUUUUAUUUUCUAUUCUUGCGACGACGAGCUGGCCUCGAGCGUCGUUCACUGAGCGGGUAUGUCUUUAAUGUUGCAUGCGUUAUGUUGCCAGAUGAGAUGAGAUGGAGGUGGAGA